UGUGUUCUUCAGGUGAAAUAAGUCAAUGCUUUUCCAACAUUUAUUUAUUAUAACGAAGGAAAGAAAGCAAAUUUUUAUGAGAGAAGCGUUCGAAUUGUCAAAGCAAUCUCAAAAAUCUUGUUUUUUUCUUCAUGGCUGACGUAAGGUCUAUACCGAGUUCCGUUGUUUCUGUAAUACGUAGCAGUGAAAACGACAAGAAUGAAGAGCUGACUCUUAGUGAUGUUAAAAAAGAAGACAGCAAACAAGGAGAUGUAAACAAUGAUUCUCGAGAUGCUGACAGACAUAGGGAUGGCGAUAGUGAAUACAGUAAAGACAAAGUUAGCAGUGAGAAAAAUGGUCAUAAAGAUAAAAAACGAGACAAGGAACGUAAAAGUCGAAGAAAAGAUAGACACAAAGACAAAGACAGACAGAAAGACAAAGAUCGAGACAGAGAUCGGAACCGAGACAAGAAGAGAGGUCGGGAUAAAUCGUCUAGGAAAAGAUCAAGAUCUAGAUCGCCUGGUAAAUCAAAAGAUGAAAAAAAACAAAAGUUGGGAUCGCCUACCAAGAAAAAGGAUGAUGAAAAACCAAAGGAUAAAAAUGAUGCAGAAGACGAAGAAAAGAAUGAAAAUGAGAAAAACAAUGUUGUUGCACCUAAAAAGCAACCUUUGUCUUUGGAGGAAAUGAUUGCAAGACGAGAUGCAGAGAAAAAAGCUCAGGAAAAGCCAGUUUUUUUGUCUAAAGAAGAGAGAGUGGCUGAAGCAUUGAGGAAAAGACAAGAAGAAGUAGCUGAAAAAAGGAAAAAGUUAGAGGAGGAGCGUAAAACAAGAGAACAGUUUCAAAAGGAAGCAGAUGCUAGCAGAGGUUAUGAUAGGCGUGAUAGAAGAAGCAGAAAAACAGAAGAAGAAGACAAGUCAAAUAAGAACGAUCCAGAUACCGUAAUGGAGAAAGAAGCUAUAAAGGCACGAUAUCUUGGCAUUACUAAAAAGAAGAGAAAAGUUCGAAGACUGACCGACAAGAAAUUUGUAUUUGAUUGGGAUACCAAUGAAGAUACCUCUGUCGAUUACAACCCUAUUUACAAAGAAAAACAUGCUAUUCAACUUUUCGGACGGGGACAUAUUGGUGGAAUUGAUAAAAAGAUUCAGAAAAAAAUAAGUAAGUUUUAUACUGAAUUUCUGGAAGAAAGACGAACACAGGCAGAAAAGGAUCAGGAAAUAUCUCGUGUGAACAGACUGCGUGAUAAAGAAAAGAAACAAGCUUAUGAUGAUCGACAUUGGACGCAUAAAGAUCUUGACGAGAUGACAGAAAGAGAUUGGAGGAUAUUCAAAGAAGAUUUCGGAAUAUCAUGUAAAGGUGGUCGAAUUCCUAAUGCAAUUAGAAGUUGGCAAGAGUCAAAACUUCCACCAGAACUCAUAGAGACCAUUGAUAAGCUUGGUUAUAAGGAACCAACUCCUAUUCAAAGACAGGCCAUACCAAUUGGUUUACAAUGCCGUGAUAUUAUUGGUGUCGCCGAAACAGGGAGUGGCAAAACUGCUGCUUUUGUCCUACCUCUGCUUGUUUGGAUUAUGGGUUUACCAAAAAUUGUUAGAGAACAAGACAUUGAUCAAGGACCGUACGCUGUCAUAUUAGCUCCAACAAGAGAACUUGCUCAACAGAUCGAAGAAGAAACAUUGAAGUUUGCCAAGCCACUUGGUGUAAGAACCGUGUCUGUUAUUGGUGGUUUAUCACGAGAAGAUCAAGGUUUUCAACUUCGACUUGGCGUUGAGAUUGUCAUAGCAACACCUGGUCGUCUUAUUGAUGUAUUAGAAAAUCGUUACCUUGUUUUAUCGCGUUGCUCGUACAUAGUUUUGGAUGAGGCAGAUCGUAUGAUUGACAUGGGAUUUGAGCCUGACGUCAACACAAUUUUGGAACAUAUUCCUGUCACUAAUCUUAAACCUGAUAAUGAGGACGCUGAAGACCCUGAGAAAUUGUUGGAAAGAGUAGCUUCAAAAGAUCGUUAUAGGCAGACUGUCAUGUUUACAGCCACAAUGCCACCUUCAAUUGAGCGACUUGCUCGAAGUUAUUUGAGACGCCCGGCUAUUGUAUAUAUUGGUUCUACAGGUAAACCAACGGAACGUGUUGAGCAAAUUGUGUAUUUGAUGACUGAACCACAAAAGAGAAAGAAACUUUUAGAGAUAUUAAGUCGAGGUGAUAUGCAGCCACCGAUCAUGGUUUUUGUCAAUCAGAAAAAGGGAGCUGAUGUAUUGGCAAAAUCACUGGAAAAGAUGGGGUAUCGAGCUGUGACUCUUCAUGGUGGAAAAAAUCAAGAAUCAAGAGAGUUCGCUCUGGCCAGUUUAAAAAAUGGCAGUAAAGAUAUUUUAGUGGCUACCGAUGUUGCAGGUCGUGGUAUUGAUGUUAGGGAUGUCUCAUUGGUUUUGAAUUAUGACAUGGCCAAAUCUAUUGAAGAUUACACUCAUCGUAUUGGAAGAACGGGUCGCGCGGGCAAGAGUGGUACAGCCAUAUCGUUCUUGACGCAAGAAGAUUCUGCUGUUUUCUACGAUCUCAAACAACUUCUUACUGAUAGUCCGAUCAGUUCGUGUCCUAAGGAACUUGAAAAUCAUCCUGAAGCUCAACACAAACCAGGUCAAGUUGUAAUGAAAAAGAGGAAAGACGAAACAAUAUUCGUAUGAUUUUAUAUUUUUAAUCAAAAUCAUUUCAUUUAUAUACAUAAAAUCAGUGUCCUGCAAAGUUAAACACGUCUGGAGCUCCUUAAAAAUUUAGCUUUCUAGGAUGAAAGCAAAAACAUUUUACUUAUGUUUUUGAUUUUGUCUUCAUAGAUGAUGUAUUUCUAUACUGAUUCAAACCUUGUAGGAACACUCUUUUAGUUUGUUCAACAAUACUUUGAUAAUAUUCAAAAUCGUCCUUUUUCCCCACUAAA